ACAAUGUUUGGAAGUUUCAAAGAGGGGUUGUUGAAGGUUAUUUUUGCUGAUUUAAGGUCGCCAGGUUUUUAACUAACUUGUUUACAUCUUCAAAAAAUGUGCGCAAUUUGAAAUAUGCCUUUGCAACUGUGCAUUUAGUGUAUUUCAAAUGGCAAGUGAAAUACUUUGCUCGCGAUUUCGACGCUUGUUCCAUAACGAUUAUGCAUCAAAGUACGUAUUUGGUGCUUAUCGGCACCUAACAUCUGGUGAAGUUUCAACAGCACUUCGACCAUUCUACUUCACAGUACAUCCUGACUUAUUCGGCCAGUUUCCUUCUGAGAGAGCUAUCAAUGAAAAUUCUCUCCAGGUGCUGAGCUCAUUUCUUGAAGGACUUCAACAAAAUCGAUACACUAGACCGACAACAGUGAAAUUCUUCUUGAAACCCCAAAAAACUGUUGACCGAGGUAAUAAGAAUAAUUUCAUUUACUAGUUGGAUCAUCAUGAG